AUGAAUAUCUUCUAUGUAAUUUUGUCUAUAUUUAUCCUAUAUACAAGUAUUGUUCAAUGUAAUAACAUUACAUCAGAUAUAUCUAAUGAGCGCGCCGCUAACUACUGUUAUUUCUGUUCAAAUUGUCCAAAUCCAUUUGAUCCAUCCAGUGCAUUUGUAACUGAAGUAUAUUCAAAAACAGGAUGGUGUGCUAUGAUGACAACUGACGAUUCAACUUAUGCUAGUUAUACACGAGGUAUUCCUCCGGGUGGUGUUUGUACUGUAAAUGGAUGUUCGUGGAAAACAAUGAGUGGAGUUUAUACACGUGUUUGUUGUUGUAAUCAAAAUUUAUGUAAUGGAGCAAGUGAACCAACUACUACUCUAGGACCUAUCGGUAAUACAUGUUACUCUUGUUCAACUUGUCCAUUGCCAUUCGAUGAACACAGUUCAUAUGUUUCAGAAAUCUAUUCAGCUACAGGUUGGUGUGCUAAAAAAAGUCUUUCAAAUGCAGUCAAUGCCGUUGUUACUAGAGGAGCUGCUGAGCUAAAUCUCUGUAUUUCGAGUGGAUGUACAUGGAGGAUAAUUGCCGAAGUCAAUACAUUGAUUUGUUGUUGUAGAGACUACAAAUGCAAUACUGGUGUCUCCACAUCAAAAUCAACUAUUGCCUUGUUAAGCACUUCAUUGAUAAUAACCAUUAUUAGUCGAAAGAGUUUUUAA